CUUUAAAAGGAUGCAAACGUAUUUAUAUUCAUUCUUAAUUCCCAUAUAAUCUCUCUCUCUCUCUACCCUCUUCUCCUUAUGACCCCCUAUCUUUCUACUCAAUUCAUUUCUCAUUUCAUCCUCUGUUCCCUUCACUCGCUGCUUACAGGAUUCUGGAAACCCUAAAAACCCUAAUUGGAAGCCAUUGCCGUGUGAAAAGCCCUUGUUAGAGGACAUUGCUGUGGAAAGGUUGAAUAAGGGAAAACAAAUCUGGUGAAAUGACGACUUCCACCGUGUAUGUGAACGUGGUGGAAGAUGUUGUCAAAAAAUUGCGAGAUCAAUUCCGAAGUGAGGGAGUUGAUGACAGUGUUCUUACUGAAGUGCAAGAGCUAUGGGAAUUAAAAUUGAUGCAAAAUGGAGCAGUACUUGAAAGGCCAGCUAAUCCUCAUGCCAGAGGAGCCAAUGUUCCUACACCAGUGCAUGAUCUUAAUGUGCCAUACGAAGCGACAGAAGAAUAUGAAACCCCUACAGCAGAGAUGCUUUUUCCGCCGACACCUCUGGAGACCCCUAUGCAGACACCAUUGCCAGGAAUUCAAGAGCCAGUUGUGUAUCAAUAUAUGCCUCAAGGUCCAAGUGAUUAUACAACUGUGCCUGAACCAGGAGUGGCAGGGGAGAUGAAGUUGGGAAGGCCUGCUCCUUAUAUGCAACAGCCUUCUGCUUGGAUGAAUCAAAGGCCACUUGGUGUAGAUGUCAAUAUUGCUUAUGAGGAAGGUAGGGAUGAAGAUGAUGCAGGAAUCAGUCAGCCACCAAUGACAAAGGACUUUUUUACAUUGUCUGCUGGAAAGAGAAAACGAGAGGAUUUCAAUUCAAGUUAUAUCCCCGGGGGCUAUAUUCCGCAGCAGGAUGGAGCAGGGGAUUUUAUUUCGGAGAUUGUACAGGAAAAUGAGAUACAUCUUGAUACAGGUCUGUCAAAUGAAAGGCUCAAGGCCCAGACAAGAAAUAAGGCGGAUCUUGUCAUAGACUCUAUUAUUAAAUCAAAGUGCACUUCUCAAAAAAUUUCUCAGGUUGAUGGUACUGACGAAAAUGCUGAUGAUGCAAAUGAGAACUACAAUGCAUCAGCAGACCAGGAUCCUCUUGACAUAAAUGACGCUCUCAAGGAAGUUAAAGCUGAAGCAAAUGAUGAUGAUGAACCACCGCUAAACGAGGAUGAUGAUGAUGAAAUAGAUGAACUUGAUCAGGGAGGGGAGGAACCAAGCACUAGUCAUUUAGUACUUGCUCAGUUUGAGAAGGUAAUGAUCAGGUUACAAGAACUAAAAGCAAAUGGAAGUGUACACUGAAGGAUGGAAUAAUGCAUUUGAACAACAAGGACAUUCUUUUUGCCAAGGCAAAUGGCGAGUUUGAGUUUUGAGCUGUCUCAUUUGAAGGCUUCAAUGGCUCGUUUGGCAACCACUCACCAUGCACAUAAGACUUUCUACUGGUUGCUUAAUAUAUUUGUGCUCUUUGUCCAAAUGGAUUCAUAAUUCUUUGAGAAAUAAAUUUGAAAACUCAAAAUUUGGAAUCCUGGUACAUUGGUAACAUGUAAGCUAUUAUAAGUGGGUUGAUUUGAGGACCAAUGUUAAAAUUCUAUAUAGAGGUUAGUUCAAGGACAAAUGCCUCGUGACAGUUAAAAAACAUUUAUUUGGAUUAUCUUAUUGCUUUUAGUGCAAAGUCAUCUGAAGCUUGCCUCCGAGGAGGUUUUACUGGAUCCAUUGUAUAAAUAGGUUGGCGGCAUAACACAUUACAAAUUUUGUCUCUCUGUGAGAUGGUGAGAUGUCAUCAUGUUCAAAGAAAGAUUUGAUUCUCUCCUUUUUAGUGAUGUGUAAGCUUACAAGGAUACUUUGAUCUUCACGGCCUAAAAUACUUCAUUACAGACGUACUCAUUAUAUCAGCUUUUUCUAAAAAGAAAUUAAGCAGGAGGAAGUUUAUGGUGGAGCCCAUUAGUUGUCCAACAAGUGACUGCUAUUUGCAUGAAUAAUUAAAUGCAUUGUUAUGUAGUGUUGAA